CUUGUAUCCGAGUUGACUGUGGCCGAGUUGGAUCGAAUUCUCGCACGGUAGCGGGCGAACAAUUACUUCAUCGCCUACCUAGGCUAGCUAGGCCUAGGGUUGCCUAGAGUUGUAGUCGGCCUAAAUUAUGUGUGAUUACCAGGUUACAAAGUUAUUUAUGUAAUUAUGAGAAGUAGAAGUAAUUCAGGUGUUCGGCUGGACUUUUACAAUAGACUGGUAUCAAGCACAAUAUUAUCCCAUCAGAAUGCAGUUACCGGACUUCUUUCAGCCAGUAGCAAUGAGAAAGAUGCCUGGGUGCGUGAUAAUGUGUACAGCAUUAUGGCGGUAUGGGGCCUGGCACUGGCAUAUAGGAAACAGGCAGAUUUAGACGAAGAUAGAGCCAAAGCCUAUGAACUAGAACAGGUAUGUUUAAAGCCAGGCACACUCUACGUCACUAUAAUACUAGGGAGCUUUCGAUUUGCGCAACGACGCGACGCUAAAAUGGAAUCACUCAUGCCUUACUGACCCAAUACUGCUUGUUUAUAUUAUUCGGUGGGAAUUUUUUCUUAAUGUUUGUUAGAGAUAAACUUAAGUAGAAUGUUUUAAUAUUGAAAUAUUUUUCUCGCAGGGUUACAGAUCAUAUUUAGCCUUGAUGAAGUAGCAUUUGUGCAGAACCUAGUAUUUUACAUCCAGUCAGCUUACCGUAUUCCAGAUUAUGGGAUCUGGGAAAGAGGAGAUAAGACAAACCACGGUUUACCAGAAUUGAAUGCAAGCUCAAUUGGAAUGGCCAAGGCUGCAAUGGAGGCAAUCAACAAGCUUGAUCUGUAUGGGGCAAGGGGCGGAGCAGCGUCGGUGAUCCAUGUCCAGUCUGACCAUAUUGCUUGUUGCCAGGCCAUUCUGCAGUCCAUGCUGCCCAAAGAAUCAAACUCCAAGGAGAUUGACGCUGGGCUCCUGAGUCUGAUAGGCUUCCCCGCAUUUGCCUGCGAUGAUGAGACGCUUGUGAAUGUAACGAGAGAACAGAUCAUCGAUAAAUUAGACGGACAGUACGGCUGCAAGCGGUUCCUCAGAGAUGGUCACAAAACGGCUAAAGAGGAUCCCAAUAGACUGUACUACGAUCCUGCAGAGCUUAAGAUCUUCGAGAACAUAGAGUGUGAGUGGCCAUUAUUCUGGGCAUACUUGGUGUUAGAUGGCAUCUUUCGGGGUAACAAGGAACUGGUGGACAGAUACGGUGAGAAGCUUGAUAAUGCGCUAGUCAGACUUGACAACGGAAUUAAAGGAGUUCCAGAGCUUUAUUAUGUUCCGCAUGAAAAGGUUGACUUAGAGUAUAAAAAUCCACACAGUCAGGGACGAGAAGCAGGAGGCAAGAUACCUCACAUGUGGGGGCAGUCUCUCUAUAUCCUCGGCUGUCUUUUAAAAGAGAAGUUCUUAGCGCCAGGGGAAAUUGACCCUCUGAAUCGCCGUUUCUCAACCGAACCUAAGCCAGAUCUUGUUGUACAGGUUGUUUUGCUUGCUGAAAAUAAAGAGAUACAAGGAGCUCUUGCUUCUCAAAAUAUCAUGGUUGAUACUGUGUCAGAAGUCUCACCAAUCCAAAUCCAUCCAGCGCGAGUCCUAAGUCAACUUUACAAAAGGCUUGGAGCUUUAGAGAGUAUUGUACAGUCUUUGGAAAUAUUGAAUGAUAAUGAUAGUUGCCCAAUGCCUUUCUUGCCCAACGUAACGUAUGUAAAUCCAGAAGUGGAUCCAGAGCUCGAAUUUAUUUCAAGCGCUUUUCAACGUUCGCCACCACAUCCGAAAAGUGCAGUGUCAGGCAUCAUCCAACAAACGCGUGUUAUUGGCCGUCCUUAUUCAAAGAAUGCAGUUGGUUUACAGCAGCGACUUCAGAAGACGCAGUCAUUCAAUCUUCUGCCGACAGAUGACGUUGACCGUCAGACAACCAGUACCAGGCAGAGAAGUACAAGCUGGAUACAGGAUAGGCAGAUUCUUGAAAUAUACCAGGGAGUUAAUAUCGGUGAGCUGUUAGCAAAUUUGAAGGAUUCAACAUCGCUCUAUGAACAAGCUGAUAUUGUUCAUUUUCUUUAUGUUUCAAAGGGACCUAAUUGGGAUACUGAACUCAAUGGUCAAGAAGGUGUAACAGUGAAACUGCUUUUGGAAGAGUUGUAUCUCAAGUGUGGACACCACAAAGCUUGGUCUUUGAUACGCCAUACAGCUGGGAUGCUUGGGAAGCAAGUGGAGCAGCUAGCCCAAGCAGUCACCGAUUUACUAGUCCGCCAGAAGCAACUGUCUGUUGGCCUGCCUCCAGAGCCAAGGGAAACCAUCAUCACGGCGCCUCUGUCCCCUGAAGAACUUCAGAAAAUUAUUUCGGAAGCAUGUGGGCAAGACAGUGGGUCGGCAGUUCUUACACAAGAAUUGUUGCAGUAUUUAGCGAUGUUCAUUCGGACCGAACCAAUCCUCUUUCAAGAAAUGCUUCGGAUACGUAUUGGUCUCAUAAUUCAGAUCAUGUGCUCGGAAUUGGCCCGUGCCCUCAGUUGCUCAGCUGAAAAUGCUUAUGAACAAUUAAUGGCACUCAGUCCCUUUGAAAUGAAAGGAUUGUUGCAUCACAUUUUGAGUGGAAGAGAAUUUGGUGUUGCAACAGCGAGUAAUGCAUCAGCUUUGAAGGAUCGACAGUUAUCUAUCGUCACAUCCACCAAAGAGGACAUUUCUGGGAUGUCACAACUUAAGAAAGAAAUGACGAUGAUAUCCAAGAGCGGAGAUGCUAGUAAGUUGGAUCUAAGUAAGGAAUCACUAGAAGAUGAAGUUUUUUCUGAAAGAUCAGGGCAGUGGCUUAGGAGACGACGGUUAGACGGUGCUCUUAAUCGAGCACCACAGGACUUCUACCCAAAGGUUUGGGGUGUUUUAGAAAAGUGUCAUGGUAUUAGUAUAGAGGGGCAUUUUUUGCAUCAAAGUCUUACAAGAGAGAUGACAGCUGGAGAAUUUAAGUUUGCCUUAGCAGUUGAGACUGUGCUCAACCGUAUACCGCAACCACAGUACCGACAGCUGAUGGUUGAGGCCCUAAUGGUUCUCACUUUGGUGGUAGAGAAUGGUUGGUUUAAGAGUCUUGGUGGAACUAUUCAAGUAGACAAACUGGUUUCCGAUGCAAACACGCUGUUUCUAGAAGAUCAGAGAAUUCAUAAUGGUGAUUCAGUGUUAUGCUGUGCAGGAAAUCCUCCAGGUUUUAAGCAGGAUGUACUAAAAUGUAACGGAGUCGCCGGAAUUUGCGGCAAUUUUUACGACAGUGCUCCGAGUGGACAGUAUGGAACCAUGACAUACCUAGCCAAGGCUGUCGCAAAGACUCUCAAUUUUCUGCAGGAGUUUGGUGGGAAUGAUGCAGUUGAAUGCAAACUAAGUUAAUGACUACAUAAUUAGUGAAGUACUGUAGAUUCUGCAAUAUUAUAGGAAGCAAGAGCCUGUUUUUGUAGCUCAUUAUAAUACAGUUACAACAGGAUAUCCAUCCGCCACAAUUACUGCUGUAUAUUGUUAAAACCUGCGAGUGUGGAAAUAGUAAUCACGGCAAUGAAUUUUCAGCCAAUGCACUUCAAGAGCACUAGAAAUUCAAGGUAGAAGCAAGACGAAGGCUAAAAUGUUACAGUUCUAGUUUCUAUGUUAAGCGUCGGUCUUACUGUACAGAGUAAAAACAGCAAACAUCAUAUACAAUUCCGCACAACUCUAUUGGAAUACGCAUUUUUCUGCUGUAUUUCUGGAGUUUAGAUGCAAACAAAGAUGGUACUUUUUAUAUGAAUUAUAUGAUGUUUAUUGAGAAUACUCAACAUCCAAAUAGGGAAGGGGUGGGGGCUUAUGAGGGUUUUGUUUGGGAGGGCUGGUUUGAAGGGGUGUAGCUGACAAAGUAAUGCAAUAUGAGGUGAUUAUCUUAAUUAUGUGACCGUAAUUUGUUUUUCUUCGAAAAUAUUUUAGUGAGGAUUGUGACUGCUGUGUGUCCCCCUCCAGGU